AUGGCAGCUGUCUCCCAGGAGUUGACUUCUCAGCCCUCGGCGGCCACAUACCCCGUCGCCCACCCACUAUGCCCUCUGACCGCGGCGGAGAUAUCCACCACCGCCGAGCUGCUGAGAUCCGUGUGGCCGUCUUCGAUCGACCUGCGCUUCAAGGUCAUCACUCUCGAUGAGCCGCCCAAGAAAUCCAUGAUCCCCUAUCUCGAAGCUGAGCACUCGGGGUUGCCUCUACCUGAAAUCCCAAGGAAGGCAUUCGUGUCUUAUUACAUCCGCAACACGAACCGCUUCCAUGAAGCAGUAGUCAACCUGUCCGCCCGGACUGUGGAGAGCAAUGUCCGCCUGGGCCCCAAUCUGCAUGGCAACGGCGACUACGACGAGAUCCUCCAGGUGGAGAAGAACGCUUUGGAGGACGAACGGGUGAAGGAAGCCAUCAAGAAGUUGAAGUUGCCCGAGGGAACGGUGGUGUGUGCCGAUCCCUGGAUCUAUGGAUCGGACGGCGUCAACGACGACGAGCGCAUGUACCAGGUUUUCUUGUACAUGCGAGACCCGAGCAACCCUUCGGAGCUCGACAGCAACCACUACGCCUUCCCGCUCCCCAUCUCGCCAGUGCUGGAAUGCACUGAAUAUAAAGUCAUCCGCGUCGACUAUCUCCCCACUGGGGCAGACAAUACCAUCCACGAGCCGAGACCGUAUCAACCCAAGCCAGCCAAUGAAUAUGUCAGCGAAUACCACGCCUUGCGCACGGAUAUGAAGCCCCUGAGAGUGAUUCAACCCGAGGGCGCCAGUUUCACCCUCACCCCCGUGGGCGAGACCGGCCAUGUGCUUCAGUGGCAGAAAUGGUCCUUCCGCGUCGGGUAUAACCAGCGUGAGGGCAUGGUUCUGUAUGACGUCCGCUAUGACUCGCGCCCGUUGUUCUACCGUCUCAGCUUGAGCGACAUGAACAUCCCCUAUGCGGACCCGCGACACCCUUUCCACAAGAAGUCCGCAUAUGAUCUGGGUGACGCCGGCGCCGGCGCCAUGGCCAAUAACCUCCAGCUUGGAUGUGAUUGCCUAGGACACAUUCAGUACCUCUCCGCGGUGAUCACGGACGACAAAGGCACACCGACGCCUCUGGACAAUUGCGUGUGCAUCCACGAGCAAGACGCCGGGAUCGGCUGGAAACACACCAACUACCGCACGGGGCGCGCCGCCGUGGUACGUCAGCGUGAACUGGUCCUGCAGAGCAUCAUCACAGUGAGCAACUACGAAUACAUCCUGGCCUUCAUGUUCAACCAGGCGGGCGAACUCAUCUACGAAGUCCGCGCCACGGGCAUCUUGUCCACCCAACCGAUCGACCACGAAUUGGAUAAAGUGGGCGUCCCCUUCGGUACCGUGGUUCACCCUGGCGUCCUGGCCGUGCAUCAUCAGCACAUUUUCUCGCUGCGUGUAGACCCCAUGAUCGAGGGACACAACAACAGACUCGUGUACGACGAGGCGCACGCGCUGCCCCUUUCAAAGGAUUGGAACCCACACGGGGUGGCGUAUGAGGUUUCUGAAACACUAGUCGAGCACUCCCAGGGCUUAGAUUUGAACCCCGACACCAACCGGGUGUUCAAGAUCCAAAACACGAGCGUGCGCAACCCGGUGAACGGCAAGCCAGUCGCGUACAAGAUCCACGCGCCGCCCUUCCAGAAGAUGCUCUCUCUGCCCAGCUCGUUCAAUUGGAAACGCGCCGAGUUCGCAGACCACAAUAUCUACGUCACCACGCAUCAGGAUCGCGAACUGUACUCGGGCGGAUGGUACACGAACCAGAGCCGUGGCGGGACUGGGGUGCGCAACUGGGCCUCGCGCAAGGACAAUGUCGUGGACACCGACAUCGUGGUGUGGAUCCAGUUCGGAAUCAACCACGUGCCACGUAUCGAAGACUUCCCCGUCAUGCCCUGCGAGAUCCUCAAGGUGAGCCUGAAGCCCGUCAACUUCUUUGACAAGAACCCGGCCCUCGACGUGCCGCCCAGCGAGCAGAGCUUCAACCGCUCUACCUUGGUCAGUGAGAUGCACCACCAGCCCACGACCGAGGCUGUGGUCGGCAAGAGCGGCGAGUGCUGCCAACCGGGUGACAACAAGAGCAAAUUGUAA